CUAAGAAUGGUCCAAACUAAAAAAAUCACACAUGAAAGGAAGUCAUGACUUCUGUUUUAAUAUAUUAGAUGUCAAUCAAGCAAUUAGAUCAUGAUAAUCAAACUAAUAGAGAAAAUCCGCCCUGCCUAACAUGCACCCGACCCGAAUCUUUUGUAUCACUUUGAGAGUCCUCUUUAGACAAAAUUACAGAAUAUUUUCAAUUUAGCUAUCAAACUUAUAUAAAUUAAUCCUUACAGUUGUAUUAUCCAGAACAUUUCAUUUUCCAUCUUCAAUAUUUUGUUCUUUGAAUAUUAGGAUGUUCGGGGCCAAAGUUCGUAAUCUCCUUGGUCCAAAACCACAACAUGUAAUAUUAGUGUAACAUCCCGAUUCCUGGUAUAUGUGAAAAUGGUUAAGAGAAUUAAUUUAGUUAUCUAUGUCAUCAAAAGUGCACUUACCUUUUCGGGCACAUAUCCGUUUAGAACUUUAAAGUUAAGCGUACUUGAAAUGAAAUUGUGAAAGGAUGGACGGCCUAUCAGAAAGUAAUUCGUGAUAUCGUGCGAGUAGUAAGGCCAAAGCACGGAGAAAAGUCAUGUGGUAAUUGCAGGAUCAGUAAACAGGACUUUAGUGUCUCAUGAAAGUUAACGUACGACUCAUCGCACGGGAUAGAGCCAACAAGCCGAGUGAACGGGCGUGGAAGAUCUAUUAGUUUCGUUACAGUUAGUUUCGUUACAACGGUCACUCAAACUGAGGACCUCUGACAUAAUGGUUAGAGUUCUUUUCAAUUAAGCUAAUGACCUCUUUGCCAUCUUCAGUAUUGAUAUAUGCAUUUAAUCCAUCCACUAGUUCCCACAUGGCUUCCAAAAUCGAAUUCUUUGUCGCUCAGUUCCUCAAAAUACCCAUGUCCAGUAAUUACAAUGAACUAUUGUGAUUUUUUUUUCAAGCUUAUAUCCAACUUUAUCCAUUAGUAUGAUAUUACAAUGAACAAAUGCAUGAUCCACAUAAAUUUGUUUUUGCUUUUUUCCCCAAAAUGUCUUAUAUUAAUUAGAUUUAGAUUUUUUUUUAUUCUAUAUAUUAUUUGUCUAAAAUUUGUGUGUGAGACUUGGAUUAUUUCAAGAAUCCUAAAACUCAAACAACUGAUGAAUAUUACUACAAACUUUUUAUAACCACUGAAUCACUAAAAAUAGAAUAAAAUCUAACUUUGGUACUAUUAUAUUGGUUAUUUUUAUAAAAUUAAUCUAAAUUUUUAGUAAAUGUAUUAAGAUAUUUAAAAUUAUAUGAUAAUUAGAUUUAGUGGCAACUAUAUAGAUAAGAAGGUUCCAAAUAAAAACCGACACAAAGCACUUAAAAACCCUAGAAACCUUCACAACUUCUGAAAGCCGCCGUUAGUUGAGAUGACAACAAAACUACCUUUCCGCAACCUUUAAGAGUCGCCGACAGUUGACAUAUCAUAUUUUUUCUUCUGACAACAGAUCUUUCGACAACAGAUCUUCCGACAGCAGAUCUUCCAACGCUCAAUUCUCUAGAAUUUUAAAGUGAACAAAGUUGUGAAAUGGGAGGCCGAAAGAAGAUGUGGACACCGAAAGAAGUAACAGCUCUUAGAGAUGGAGUACGUAAAUACGGAAGUGGAAAGUGGAGUGGCAUACUCUCAGACAGUAAGUAUGGCCGAGCUUUGAAGGCUCGCUCAAACGUGGACCUCAAGGACAAAUGGAGAAACCUAGGUGCAGGCACAUUUGGAUCUAGGAAGAAGAAAGUUCUUGCCAUUGUGGCUGUGGCUAACGAUAAUGAUGGAGAGCAAGAGAUUGUUCCAGCAUCUCCUGUUAAUGAUGAUGAUGAAGGACUCUUUGCAAGUGUGGAUACAUUUAUAUUGGAGGCUAUUACCAGCUGGAAGAAACUUCUGCGUCCUAACAAGAAGUGGAUCUUGCAUCAUGUUGAGGAGAAAAACAGUAUGCAACCGGGUAAGAAAUGGCUUGUGGCUUCAAGACUUGAGCAUUUGGUAAAUGUUGGAACAAUAAUUAAGAAAAAUAACAGAUACACGAUAUCUCCAACCUAUGCGGCUGCAGAAGCAGAACAAAGCUCUCCUCAACUCUUAUUGGAAGGUGUCGUGAAUCAUACUAAAUCCCAAGAAGAUGGAGAAGCAUUUAAGAUAAACGGCAUGACAGAGGAAGAAGCUUCUUCAGCCGCUGCAAUAGCGUUGGAGGAAGCAGAAUUUGCAAGGGCAGAGGCUGAAGAAGCGGCUAGAGAGGCAGAUAGAGCUGAAGAAGAAGCCGAAGCUAUGCAGGAUUAUGCUAAGGCUGUGAAGGAAGUUUGGAAGAAUUUGAUGCGUAGCCAAACUUGGUGCUGAAGCUACAUAAUGUCAAAGCUUGAAUGUAACAUUGUUAUCUAUACUAUCUAAAACUUUUUCCCAUUGCUAUGUUUAUCUGUUUUUGUAAUAACUUUAGAGGUUUCUCGUAACCCAUUUACAAACUGGUUUGAAGAGAAAUAAGCAAAACCUUGGAUUUGAUGAUACC